AUAAACUCAAGAACUCAGGCGGCGGAUAUUUGAAGCCAAACACGCACGACUGGAACAGUAAAAAUCCUGUAGUGCGAUCAUAUUGGAACGCAAUAAGGUGUUAGAAGUUGAAAUGACUUUUACAUUUCGCCUUGUAGUCGUAUGCAAUUUAGAAGAAUAUAUGCCUCCAAUCGAAUUAUAUCAUCACAUAAAAAAGAAAACUAAAUUUGAGAUAAAAACAGAAAAUGAUAUCUUAUCUCUGCCAAAUAAGAAAGAUACAUUAAUGAAAUAUUUAAUGUCUUCAUGCGAUAAAAAUGAAGUUGAUGUUAUUAUCGUCACUAGUAAUAUUGAAUAUACUGUUAUAUUUGAUGCCAGUCAAAUAGUUAAGGAUAAAAAUGUUUUCACAAACAUCACAACAUUUAUAUCAAAACUAGAACUGAAACUAAAACAUAAAUUUAAUCGAGUUGCAUGUGGAAUACGAAAGAAAACGCUUAUUCUUAAUAUUUUUGGUUCACCAGAAGUUGCAAUAAUAUGUUUACAAAAAUAUGAAGAAUUGAUACUGCAAAUAGUAGAAUUAACACGGAAUAAAACAACUUAUGGCAUUAAAUCUCCAAUAGAAGUAAUAGAUGCACAAAAUACAAUACGUGAUAUAAUAAUGCAAAGCAAUGAAAAAAUAGAGUCUGAAUGUGUGAGUGUGCAAAAUGCUUAUGGUCGAGUAUCAUUAGAAGAUAUACAUGCCAAAUGCAACGUGCCUUCAGUUAGAACUUCUGCCAAAUAUGGAUAUGCAAUAAUAGCAGAUGAAAAAAAUAAGAAGAAGAUAGAAGCAAAAACUAUAUUUUCAUUGACAUCUGACGUAUGUGUAUCAGUAAAAACUGGAACACCUAUUCCCAAUGGAGCAACAGCAGUCGUAAAAAUUAAAGAUGCAAAAAUAAUAUUGCUUAGAACUGCUAAUAACAAUUCGUCAAUAGAAGAUAUCCAGGAAGAAAUCGAAAUAAUAACUCAACCAAAAGUAGGAGAAAAUAUUAGACCUGUUGGUUACAAGAUAAAGAUGGGAGAAAAAAUUUUGAAGAAAUACACAUGUAUUGGAUUAGCUGAAAUAGAACGUUUGAUAUCUUGUGAUAUCAAUGAAAUUGUAGUCAUUAAACAUCAGCCUGUAGGUAUAUUGUCCAUUGGAAAUGAGUUAGGAGACCCUGGGGAGAUUUUAAGUCCAAAACACAAGUAUGAUGGCAACAGACCAACUCUAAUCACAUUAUUAAAACAGGAAGGUUUCGAUGCUUUGGAUUUGGGAAUUGUAAAUGAUGACGAGCUAAAAUUAAUACUUAAAAUCCAGAAAGCUUUAGAAAAAGUGAAUAUACUUGUGACAACUGGUUCUGUGGAUGGAAGAAAUCGAUUAAAGCUCAUUUUACAGCAAUUUUUUAAGACUACUAUACAUUUUGAUUGCGUGAAUUUAAAACCCGGCAAAUCAACAACUUAUGCAACAUGCGUCUUGGACGGGAGAAAAAAGUAUUUCUUAUGUUUUCCGGGAAAUCUGGGAAAGGUUCUCAUUGGUGCACAUUUAUUUCUUUUACCUCUUUUGAACCAGCUGUCCCACAAUAACUUGGAAGCACCCAUCAUACAAGCUUGUGUAAUGAAUGAACAUAAGAAGAAUUCGCGUCCUACUUAUUCGUGGACACAUUUAAAAUGGGACAAAACAGAAAAAGAUUUAUUUGCAAAAGCUUACAGUAUAGAAGAUAAUACACUUAACUCUCCUGAGGCUAAUGCACUUUUAAUAUUGCCACCGUCUAAACCGAAUGACAUAUCGUACUUAAAAAAUGUAUUUACACCAGCGCUAUUUCUUCAGCGCUUCUCUAAAUAAUUUUGCCAAAAUAUUUCUAAUCGAAUCCAGAGUGAAAGAAAAUAAUUAUUACACAAUAGAAAUUCAUAAAAAUAUUUUUUCACAAUCAACACAAAAAAAUAGAUAUACAGCAUUAUUUCAUGUUAAAAUUUAAACUGAAUUCUUUCUUAGCGCAAAAACUUAUUAUAAAAGUAUUUACUAUUUAUUCUAUUUUUUUAAACUCUACCAUUCCAUAUCUUAUUGUUAAUAAUAUGUAUUCUUUCAAACUAAAUUUUUAUCAAAAAUUUUUUAGAGAGCGGACGCAAAUAAUAUUACAUUAUCUAUUUUUAUCCCUGAAAUUUAUUUCACAAAUAAUAAUUAAUUUUUUAAAUAUCGUUCAAUACUAUCAUAUUGUAAUUUUAAUAUACUGUAUUGUAAUUUCUAUUUAUAUAACAUUUUAGCGUUGCAUGAAGAAAUAUCUGAUAUUUUUAUGUUUUUAUAGCUUUACAAUUUUAAAAUACAUUGAUUUUAAUAGUUGCAUUAUUUUUUUUUUUAAUUAAUAGUUACGCUAUUUGUGUGUGUAUGUGUGUAUGAUUGGAUGCACUGUAAAUGCUUUAAAUGUUAUAAUACUUUAAACUGCAAAUAAUUAAUAGACAAAUUAAUCAGCUGUCAACAAUAAUUGAAAUCAAAUCAUUGAUAGAUUAAAAAUCUAAAAAUCUAAGAAUCUAAAAAUUAAAUAAAUCGAAUUUUAUUAAUAUCAAAUAUAUACGUAUGUGUAUAUCCGUGCGUGUGAAUAUCGAUACAUAUAUGCUCAGAUUUUAAUUAUGAAUAUUUCUAACUUAUAUAUAUAAACUUAAUUUAUUAUUCUCUUGAUAUUUUCGCCAUUAUAAUAUAUAAUUAUAUAGUUAUACAAAAUUAACAUUAUUUUGUUUGUAUUUACGUUUAAUGCACAAUUUUGUAUACAUCGUUUACAUAUGAUUAAAUAUUUGGAAAAUUAAUUUACAUACUUCGUAGAGAGAUAAUUGAUAAUUGAUAAGUUACGAAAUAAAUUUGAAUAAAAAAACUUAAAUUUCUUAUAAAAAUUUUUGUACCAGAUCGUUAUUUGUACACUUGUCGAAUAGUUAUCCUUAUUAUUAGUAAUCCUUCAAAAAAUAAGUAGAAAAUUAAAAUUUUCCUUAUGCUGUUUGUUCAAUCCUAUAAAUAUUUUACAUAAAUUUAUUCUCUCUCUCUCUCUCUCUCUCUCUUAUAAAUAAAGUAUUUUCAUAGCAUAAAUUUUACAUAUAAGUAUUUAUAUAUAUGAUAAAUGUUAAUUCACAUGUUAAUUCAAUAUUGAUAGUGAUAAUAAAAUUCUAGCAACUAUUAUUAAUUUUUCAUUAAUCUUAAUAUUUAAAAAAUUAAUAUUUAUAAUUGGUUGCGUAACUCAUUUUCAUUUUGAAAUCUAAGAGACUAUUAAAAGCAAUUAUAUAAUGUAUAAAGAAGUUCUACUCAUUGUUAUCUAUAACCGACCAAAAAUAACUAAUAAUCUAAUCUAAUAAAGAUAAUAUUGAUCAUAUGCUACUUAUUUAAGAUCAAUAAUAUACAUUCCAAUUGCAAAAUUUAAAAGUAUAAUUAAUAUCUAAAAUAAAAUAUAAUAUAAAAUAAUUAAUCACCUUGUACAAGUACAGUAGUGCUUCCACAUAUGAUAGUAAUAGUAUUAUGCUUAUAUGCAAUAAUACAUAUUGCGAAUUACAAAUACGAAUUAGGUUUAAAAUAAAACCUAAAAAUCUAAAUAUCUUAUCAAAUUAUGCAGUUUUGCAUUGAGUUACCUUUGAUUAAUUUACUAAUUUAUUUAUGUAGAUACAUAAUAUAUGAAGAUAUAAUACAUAAUAUAUAAAUUUUGUUAUGUGCAAUUAUGUUUUUAUGUAUUUAUCUAUACUUAUAUGUAUAGAUAAAUAAUAUAAGUACAAAAUAGAUAGUACAAAUAUAAACAUAAUAAUUAUAUAUCUUACAAUAAGUUGAGACAAAAAUCUGCUUUGUCAUUUUCAUAUUCCACAAUAAAAAUUUUAUGUCAAUUCUAUAGAUGCUCAUUUUUUAUGCAUAUAAAUUUCCUAAAAUCAGAUAAAUUUAUUACACAAAACAUUUUUUUUUCAAUGUAAAGUAGAUUUAAAUUAUGUGAAGAUACUCAUACUUGUUCAAACUAGAAUAAACUAUAUGUAUCACAAUAUAUGCACUUGAAUAAUCUACGGCAACUCUAAAAAUUAAUGAUGAAAAUGCAUUUGCUAAAAAUUAAUUAGUUAAAAUUUAAUUAAAUGUGAUAUUUAAUUAUAAUGUACUCACAAAAUUUUACUUGUUUGUUUUCGAGAAGUGCUAUAAAUAUAUUUCUGCAAUUAUAUAUACAUAGUACAUAAUAUGAGUUUCCAAAGUAAAUAGAUAUCAGAGAUAGAGAGAGAGAGAUUUACAGAUUUUUCUUAUGUUAAUAAUGCUAAUU